UCUCAAAUGGCCAUUCCGUACUGUGCUGGUGAUAAUGACCUCAACUGUGUCGAAGCCGAUGUCGUCUUUCAUAACCAACUCGAGAUACAAGCCAACCACGAUGAGGGCAAAGCUAGCCAGAGAGGUCCUAUAUCCGAUACAAUCACCCCGACUUCUAAAGCCACCACUUCGCAGCUCGAACAGCCAUCGCCUCCCGAGCAGGACUCUGCCGCGACUACUCCAAAGAAACGCCGACGUCCUCGACCCAGUCAGGCUAAGAGACGCCGUUUUGCAAGGCGAAACGAGUAGGCUCUUAGACUGUCGGCGUCGGGUCAGGAUGAUCAGGUCAGCUAGUUUUGGUUAGUGAUGGUACGGUACUCUCGAUUUAUGUUUGGGAUAAUCAUGUUUCGUUUGUUUGGAUUUACGUUAUAGAUAGGAGCAUACUCUUUCUGUUUUUCUUUUCAUGUUACGUCUUUCUUUUGCAGCACUUAAUGUAUGUAUUAUAUGAGGGAGUUGGAAUACCGGGUUGGCCCUGGACCCUUACUGAUGUCAACAUAAUGUUCAGAUUGAAGUACGCUACCGCAUAAAAAUUUCCACUCA